AUGAAUUAUAUAUUUUCCAACACACGUUUACUCUAAAACUGUGAUUAAAUCAAAGCCAUAUAUCUAAACAAUCUGGGUUUCAAAUUUGAGGUUAAAAAAAAAGAGCUUUCAGCAAGAUUUUGUUUGAGCACAGUACCAAACGCUUCCACUAGAGGAAAUUCGAAAUGCGUUAAUUUUUAUUGUGAAUAAUACAAGUGUGACUAUUUUUUUAGGACCAUUGAACCUUUUCGAGUCCUGUUCAUGAUUUUUUGUGUGCGUGUUCACAUAGCAAGUGCCAAAACCUUAAGCAAGUUUCGCAAAAAUAAAAAAUCGAAAAAACGUAAAAUCUUUCGGUCAAAAAUGCCUGAAGAGCACCAGAGGGUUGUUAAUAAUCUCAGAAAUUGAAUGUUAUAUCCAAAGUGAUUUAGGCCCCACAGAAAAAGUCAAAACAAAAUGUCGUCAAGAACUUAGCAAAUGGUAAAAAAAUAAAUAAAUAAAAAAAGUAUAAAAACAAAUACUAAAGAUAAAAAAAUUAAAUAAGACAUUUGAUUGAAAUUUUAAGAUAAAUUGACAUUUUCAGCAAUACCUAAAAUUAGGGAUCCCUAACUAUUGUUAAAAAAAUAUGACCAAUUUUAAUACAUUGAUAAGAUUCUGACAAAGCAUUAUAGCAAGUCCUAUGAGUCUGGUCACCGUCCUCUCGCUGAAACCUUUAUUUUCAGGAGCCCCUGCCCACACAGCGUUCAUUUUAUAAGUAAUAUUUACAGUUUUUAUUCUCUUGACACUCGAACCAAGCCAAAACAUGAAGUGACUCAACAUUUGUAUGCAUGUGGAUUGUUUGUUUGCACCUGAGCUCUUAAAUCGUGUACAGCAGCAGGAUGUUUGCGUUGUACACCAUCACAGACCUGUUUGUUUACUGCUGUUGUUUAUUUUGCAGUAAUAUUUCAGCAUGGCUUUCAUAGGAAUAUCAGCUCAUGUACAGAGCGGGACCUGUGCCGGUGCUUUAAAUAAACUGAAUUGAAUAAACUGAACUUAUAGCGCCACCUGUUGGUGAAUGAUUCACAUUGUGCAUGAAAGGAAUUGUUUACAUCACCAUGACAACUGCCAGUGUCUGUGGUCUCCAUGGAGGCAGAUAUAACCUCCUCAGGGAAGAGCAGCAGUUCCCGUGAGAGAACAAGUUAUAUUAACUUAUUUUGGUUACUUGCCUUUUAAUAUAGAUUAGAGUAAUUAGCCAUAAUGUCUAUAAAUACAACUCACGGGCUUCCUUUCCUGCCAGGCAACACUUUUCGCAAUUUAACGAAAUCCGCUUUCCACCGAGCUCAGACUCUUGAUUUUAAGAACGGUUAUGCUCUGCCCCGGCGGCCCGCGGUCGGUACAGGACAAGAGCCUCUUCUGUCGGUAAACAUCAGUCACAGUGAGAGGAACCAGCUGGUCAAUGACAUCCCGAACCUGACCUACGGUACAGACACACACCGACACCCACCGCUACAAUACGUACCGGCAUACGCUGCUUAUGACAAGAAGGUUCUGCGUUUUUACGGUUUCUUCCGGCAGGAAGUGUUGCACUCCCCAGAUGAGCACUUUCGCAUUCGUCCGGUGGUGAUUUAUUAUCACUUGGAAGAUGACAGCAUGCGUGUGAUCGAGCCACCGGUGGAAAACUCGGGUAUUCCACAGGGAAAACUGAUCAAACGCCAGAGGCUGGUCAAAAACCAGCGUGGAGAUCUUUACCAUUGGAAAGACCUUAAUGUUGGGAUGGACAUGAGUCUGUUUGGGAUAGACUACAGGAUAACGCAGUGCGAUGCCUUUACACGGGACUUCCUGGAGAGUCAGGGAAUAGUACUAAAUGAGUCGGAGUCCAUUCCCAGUGACCCGUACACCAUCCGCCGCAUUCAGACACAACAAACUCACAUCACACCCUACGAACACAAUCAUCAGCUGGAGCGGUUCCUUGCCCUGGAUCGACAGGUGCUGCGCUUCUUUGCGCUUUGGGACGACUCGGACUCUCUGCAUGGAGAGAAACGGCCUGUAACGCUGCAUUACUAUCUCGUGGAUGAUUCUGUUGAGAUCUGUGAGCAUCACGAGGCCAGCAGCGGCCGGGACCCGUUCCCAGUUCUGCUCCGCAGACAGAGGGUUCCCAAACACAUCAAACCAGCCUGUGAGCCAUUCCCCAGCAGUGUUCUGGAAGUUUCCCCUCAUGAUGUGGAGGAGUAUUUCUCUCCUCAAGACUUCAGGGUCGGUGAGGAGGUCCUGCUGAUGGGGAGGCGCUUCCUGUUGUAUGACUGUGACAACUUCACUCGGAAAUACUUUCAGCAGAAUCACCCUGACAUCUUGCUAAAACCGUUUACUGUUGACACUGGGACACCGCAAGAGAUCAAGAAGGUAAUUCCUCCGUAUAACGGCUUCGGUUCUCUGGAGGACUCGUUACAGAACUGUCUGUCUCUGGUUCCUGAACCGCCCAAGAAAGACGUGAUCAAACUGCUGGAGAACUACCACAAAGUCCUGCGUUACGUCGCACGGCUGGAUUCCCAGAAUCCCCUGGAUGAGGGACGGCGCUUCGUUCUGUCUUACUACCUGUCUGAUGACAUGAUCAGCAUCUUUGAGAAAUCCACACGUAAUUCCGGCAUCAUCGGAGGAAAAUUCCUAGAGAAGACUCGUGUCCCAAAACCAGGAAGCACGGUGGAAAACCCAGAAUACUACGGACCAGCAGACUUCGCUAUUGGAGCUACCGUGGAAGUGUUUGGCCAUCGGUUUGUGCUGACGGAUGCUGAUCGCUACGUGUCAAAUUAUCUGGAGUCACUUUCCCAUCACAUCCCUGAACACACACUGUCUUCACUGAGACAGAAGACCUCAGACGAGCAACGUGAAGCUGAGGCAGAUGGAGCUCCAGACCUCCUCCAGAGCUGAAAUCUGCUGAGCGGUUCUGUCCAGUAUAAUACUACCAAUCCUCAAGACACCAACAGAUAUCAUCUGUGAAAAUUUGUGCUUUUGGAUGUUGUGUUUUUUUAUGGAAGCUUGUUUGACUUCAUUUCUCAGAAUUGCGUGAAAUAAUUGUGACAUAAACUAUUCUGAGGGGGAAAAAAUCUGUCUUUUUUCCCCUUAAAAUUGGCCUGAUAAGAUAACUCGUAAUUGCGAUUUAAUAUCUCACAAUUCUGAGAAAAGAUGUCAGAAUCUCGAUAUAUAAAGUCGCAAUUGUGUUAUAAAGUCAGAAUUGCGAGAUGUGAACUCGCAACUGUGAGAAAAAAGUCUCAAUUCUGUCUUUUUUUUCUCGCAAUUGCAACUUUAUUUCUCAGAAUUGUGACUUUAUUUCUCGCAAUUGUGAGAUAAAAAGUCGCAAUUUAAAACAAGCUUCCAUUAGUUUUUCCAUGUCUUGUGAUGUAAACGUGCAAUAAAGACAGAGCAAAACAAGCAUGUGUAAAA